GUCAACUGUCAUUUUAUUCCUGGUGAUGUGCGGAGUUGAUAUGAAAAUAUGAAAUAAAAUUAAUUCUAAUCCAAAAACAAAUACACAGUCAGUAAUAAAACAACAGAAGUGUUAAUAUAACUUUACAAAAAUGGUUUCCAAGAAGAAAAAGAAGUAUUCCUCCGGUGAAGGAGCACAGUUUAUGACCAGGAAAGCUGCAUUAAAAAAACUCCAACUGUCUCUGAAAGAUUUUAGACGAAUUUGUAUUUUAAAAGGAAUUUAUCCUCGUGAGCCGAGAAAUCGUAAAAGGGCCCAAAAAGGUGCAGGUGGUAUCAAGACCUUAUAUCACACAAAGGACAUAAAGUUCCUUCUACACGAGCCAAUAAUAUGGAAACUAAGGGAAUUAAAGGUCUUCCAACAAAAAAUUCGUAAAGCCAGAGCCAUGCGAGAAUACAAGAAAAUGAGGACAUAUCUAAGAGACUAUCCAGACAUAAACAUUGACCACAUUGUGAAAGAGCGGUAUCCAACUUACAUAGAUGCUUUAAGAGACCUCGAUGACUGUCUCACGCUGUGUUUCCUGUUCAGCACAUUCCCCUCACUCAAGAGGGUUCCAAGAGACCAGUCUUUAUUGUGCAGAAGGCUUACCAUAGAGUUCAUGCAUGCUGUGAUCGCUGCUAAGGCUCUCCGACGAGUCUUCAUUUCCGUCAAGGGCUACUAUUACCAAGCUGAAAUUGAAGGACAGACUAUUACAUGGAUUGUACCUCACCACUUCUCUUUCCAGCCUCAAAACAAAGACGAAGUAGACUUCAAGAUUAUGUCCACCUUUGUGGAGUUCUAUGUCAUGCUUCUGGGAUUUGUGAAUUUCAAAUUAUUUAAUUCCCUCAACCUUGUCUAUCCGCCCAAACUAACAGCUGCAUUCAACAGUGAGGAGAAAGACUUGGUAGAUGAGAAUGCUUAUGUAGCUGAGAGAAUAGCUGCCAUGAACUUAUCACUUGCAAAAGUGGCAGGGGCACAUGAGCAGGAGGAAAUUCCAGAGAUUGACGUAUUUGAUACAGACGAUAAGGACCCUGAAAAAUUAGAGGAAGCCCGACAGGAACAAGAGAAAGUGAAAAAACUAAAAACACUAUUCAAAGGUGUCAAGUUCUUCAUCAACAGAGAAGUACCAAGGGAGCCCUUAGUUUUUAUCAUUCGUUGUUUCGGUGGUGAAGUCUCAUGGGACCGCAACCUGUUUGUUGGAGCAACUUUUGAUGAGUCAGAUGAGUCUAUUGCGUACCAAAUUGUGGAUAGGCCGAGCAUGGACAAGCAGUACCUAUCACGCUACUACGUCCAGCCCCAGUGGGUGUUUGACAGCGUUAAUGCUAGAACUUUGCUGCCCAUCAAUCAGUAUUUAAUGGGCGCUGUUUUACCGCCACAUCUGUCACCAUUUAUUGAUAAAACUAAGGACCAAGUGUACAUACCACCUGAACAGAGGGCACUCAAUGAUCCUGACUUCAAACAUCUAGAGGCUGAAUCGUCUGAUGAAGAAAUAGAGGAAGCGACCGAUGAGGAAAAAGAGGAAAAUGAAGAAGACGAAGAUGGAGAAGCUGCCAUCACAAAACAGUACCAACAAGAGGUUGAGCAGGAUUCAUCUUCCGAAGAGGAUGAUGAUGACGUUGAUCCAGAAAAGAAGAAACUGGCGAAAGAGAAGAAAAAAUCUAUGGCUGUUACAACUGGAGUACCCUACAAAGAACAUCCAUACCAGAAAGAGAUAGAAGACAAGCAAGCAUUCAGACUUCGCGAAAAACUCGUCCAGAAGAAACACAGGAAUCUGUACAAGAGCAUGAAGGCUGGGCAAGAAAAGAGAAAGAAAGACAUUUGGCUACUUAGAAAGAAGAGACGUCUUCAUGACGAGAAAGUUAAAGCAGAGAAAAAAGCUGUUAAACGUCAGCAGAAAAUGCAAGCUAUUGAUGCUGCUUCCUCGUAAACAAUAAAACACACUUUACUGCUUAA